AUGGCAUCCAAAGCGCAUCAGCAGUCCAUUACAAUAUGUCUACUGAGUGCAGCCAUCUUUGGUGCGCUGGGAUCAUCUUUUCUUUAUGGUUACAACCUCUCAGUGGUCAACGCUCCUGUUCUGUACAAUAAGGCUCUGUACAAUAAGACAUGGAUUGAGAGAUAUGGGCACCCUGUUGGAGGAGAGCUAGGCUCCAUCCUGUGGUCCAUCACAGUGUCCAUAUUUUCUAUUGGAGGCCUUCUUGGAACAUUGUGCGCCACGUUCAUCCUCAAAGUACUGGGAAGUUCCGGGGUCCGGGUCCGGGCUCGUUCCAGGGCCUCGGACGGUCUUCUCAACAUCCCAGGUUGUUGA